GGAGUGACUCUCACCGGAGCCCAUGUUGCAUCAGAAAAUAGUUUAUUUUUACCGGUAGGCAUAACGUGAAUCGCUGCCAUGUGCUUGCUCAGUAUUCGCAAUAGAAGUUAAUGCAAGGUGUGAAAAUGUGCAGUGUAGAAUCGUAAAAUGAUAAACAAUAAUUGCAUUCGUUCUUUUAACGUGACACAAGGCGCCAGUAUUCUAAAUAUACAUAACUAUACAAAUCGAAUUCAAUUAUUACGGAAAAAAAUUGGAAUUUUACAGUUCAAUACACCAAUACUGAUUUCAUUUUAAUACAGUUUUUUUGAGUUAAUACUAGAGAUUAGUUUUACGGCGAUAAAUUCACUUUUACUUAACAAAUCUCGAAUUAUUUGUACUGCCAAAUUACUGGCCCCAAAAAACGAAUUGGAAUUCGAAUACUUCCUUAAUUGAUGACAAUUGUUGUCUAUACUGCCAAUUAAGACAACAGGCUGUGCGUUAAAAUAAGUAUUUAUUUUCUUUAAGUAUUAUUAAUUCAGUAUUGAACACUAUUAGAAGAGUCAGCAAAAAUGGAAGAAAUAUUGUAUAUCUUCAACAUAGACUCGACAGAAAAAAUGCGACUACCCUCGUGGCAAGAAACCCAAAACGCGCUAAAUCGUAAAAAAGGAAUUAUCCAAAACGACGACACAAAGUUGGCAAAAGUUUUAACCACACUAGAUUUGACUGCUCUGGGUGUAGGAAGUACCUUAGGCGUUGGCGUAUAUGUACUGGCUGGAGAAGUUGCCAGAACCACAUCAGGACCAGCCGUCAUUAUUUCGUUUUUGAUCGCAGCCCUAGCCUCUAUACUCGCAGGACUUUGUUAUGCAGAAUUUGGUGCUAGAGUACCUAAAGCUGGUUCUGCAUAUGUCUACAGUUAUGUGUGCAUUGGAGAAUUUUUCGCAUUUAUUAUUGGCUGGAACUUGAUCUUGGAAUAUCUUAUAGGAUCGGCGUCAUGUGUGAAGGCAUUAUUUCUCUACUUUGAUAAUUUAGCAAAUAACACCAUGUCACACUAUUUCGAACAGACAAUGCCAAUGAAUGGUGGCCAAGUAUCUACAUAUGCAGAUAUAUUUUCACUUGCCCUCUCUCUAAUAUUUUCAGUUGCUUUAGCAUUUGGAGCCAAAGAAUCUUCCGUAGUCAAUAACUUAUUUACUUUUGUAAACAUUAGUAUUGUACUAUUUGUCAUUAUUUCUGGAAUAUUUAAAGCAAAUCCUGGAAAUUGGAGUAGAACAGCUGCUGAAGCUAAAGGAAUGGGACAGGGUGGAUUUGCUCCGUAUGGAAUCAAAGGUAUCAUCAAAGGAGCUGCCAAAUGUUUCUACGGCUUCAUCGGAUUUGAUUGCAUAGCAACUGCAGGUGAAGAGGCAAAAACACCACAAAAAUCAAUACCUAUUGGUGUUGUAAUGUCGUUGCUUAUUGUUUUUCUGGCUUAUUUUGGAAUGUCGACGGUUUUAACAAUGAUGCUGCCAUACUAUGAACAGGAUACCACAGCACCCUUAGCCCAUGUUUACGAUGUCAUCGGCUGGACUGUGGUAAAAUAUGUAGUCAGUAUAGGCGCUUGUUGUGGUUUAUUCUCAAGCCUCCUAGGUGCUAUGUUUCCUUUACCACGAAUCAUAUAUGCUAUGGCUUCUGAUGGACUUCUGUUCAGAAUGUUGGCAAAAGUACAUCCAAAAUUCCACACUCCCUUUAUGGGUACCUUACUAGCUGGAAUUGUCACUGGUUUAUUAGCCUGCAUUUUUGAAUUAAGGAAGUUGACAGAGAUGAUGUCCAUUGGAACACUUUUGGCAUAUUCAAUGGUGGCCGCGUGUGUUUUAGUUUUAAGAUACGCACCUGAUACCAAGAAGUGUGACCAUAAUGCAGAACCGUUUACGUUCAAAUUACUCUUGAAGCAAACCAUGAGCUCUGAACAGACACAUCCCACUAGAGUAACAUCUUCAGUUGUUUCCUGGUUAAUUAUAAUUUACUUUGCAUUCUGUUUCUUGCUAUCAGGAUCGAUGACUAUGUUUGAAGACAAUCUUUACCGAGGAGACAUUUGGUUUAUAUCUUUGUGUGUAGUAUUGGGAUUUUUUCUAUUUUUACUCCUGUUGUUUGUCUCUUACCAGCCUACAUCAGAUGUUAGGUUAGGUUUUACGGUUCCAUUUGUACCAUGGAUUCCAGGAAUAAGUAUUCUUAUAAAUAUAUAUUUGAUGACAAAUAUUAACAAAGACACCUGGAUCAAAUAUCUCUACUGGAUUAUUAUUGGUUUGGUUAUAUAUUUCACUUACGGAGUAUGGCACAGCAAUGAAAGAUCUCCACCGUUAAGGCCAACAAGAAAUCCGGUUCAAAAUAAAGAAAAUGGUCAAACUAAUAGCAGCAUCAAUUAUUACGGUGCAACGACAGGUCAAAAUACUGAAGAAACGGGGGAACUGUAACUUAACUAUAUUUAUAGUUUACCAUAUAGUAAAAAUUACCAUUUGGUCACAUUCGGUAUCAACAAUGAUUUCCACAGAUCAUUCUCAUUUUUUACUGCAAACAGGGUAUUUUCAUGUUUUUUAGAGCCAAAAUUGUAUUACCUCAUGAUUCGUUACACAUAAAAUGAUCCUAUAGCUUCAUAAUUAUUUAUUGAAAACUAUACUUAAGUAUUAUUUAUAAUAAUAUAUUGUUUAGCAAUAAAAAUAUUUCUAAAUUUUU